GUCUUGUGAACUAAGCUUCACAUCUACUGGAAUUAUCAGUACACCUUUUUUUUAUUAAUUCCAAAGAAGAAUUUUAAUCUCCGUUCACUUAGAUAGAGAGCGAAGAUAGUUGUACAAGGGUCGCCGUGUGAUCCAUAAAGCCAUAAACCCAGAAUGUUUACCCUCGCCACAGUGUCGGUACUCAGCUCCGUUCUUCUGUGGACAGUCUAUCACAAUUUCUUAGAAUUCAACAGCACCCAAAUCCCACAGCACUCCCCUGAUUGGCAAGACACCUCCCACCCAACCAGAGAUCCCAAAAUCCACGACAUCUCUGAUAAAAUAGAUCGGCCUUCCAAAAGUUCAAAAUUGGUACAGGAAAUAUCUGACCUACAUGUUCUGAAUAAGAAAUAUUUUGAAGGACAUGUCACUGACUCAUUAUCCAAAGAAUCACCAAAGGUUCAAAAGAAUUAUGAGGGUGGUGAUGAGAGACCCACUGAUACGUCUGAAAGUAAAACCUCAUUGAAAGGUGAUACAAGUAGGCAUGAUAAUGUAAAUGACUUCUCUGAAAGUUCGGCGGAAUCAGGAGAUAUUGCACGGAAAGAUGGUGACGUGAACAUUUAUGACAGGGAAGAUGAUAAUGUAUAUGAUGAUAUUGAUAUAUAUAAUGAUGAUGAGAUCAGUAGUUAUGCUACUGUUAGGAAUACUGAUAAAAUCGACCAGAUUACAGAGGAUGACGAUAAAACUGACAUAAACGAUAAAUUCACUGAUGGUACGACAUACAGUGAAGAUGACAGAAUCAAAGGCACAACAGAGAAAAGCAUCAUCCAAGAGCUCCAUGAAAAAGCUGACCAUUCCCUCCUUCUUGAAAAUAAAGAAACCCCAAAUGACAAGAUCCCAGACGAAAUUCACACAUUCGCUGACAAUCUCCUCAACAUAAGUGACAAUGUGAUCAAACUUCUUAUAGGGAAUAAAGAGGUUACUACACUUCCUAAAAAGUCCAGUAAAAUGGAAGAGAACUUUCACCUGAAAGGAAGGUUGGUAGAUGGAAGUUCUGCUAGCAUUUUGUAUUCCCUGACUAGUUACAUAUUCCACCUUGAGAUCAAGAAAUCAUUAGACAUUUCCUCACAGACACAGAUAAAUACCAAAAAUCUCAAGAAUUUGGAACCUAGUGAUGACAUAACUAAUGUUCCUGCAGAAACUCGGUCAAACUCAACAGACACAAACAGACAGCAGGAAAACGACCUUAAACUAGACCCAAACCCAGCACAGUUGCCGAGCUCGAGGCCGAAGCCAAAUAUCAUCACCAAGAAAAUCAUCAGGGUGAAGACUCAAGCACAAGAUGACUUCAUGACAUAUUUCAAAAGUCAGACGUGGGAGGUCUUUGUAACUCUGGCAGCUGUUGUAGUGGUGGUGCUUCUACUCAUGAUGUUCAUCAUGGUGUGGGGGACACAACACAUUCGCAAGAGGGAGAACCGCAAGAGGCUACUCAGGAUCCAAGCAAUGGAAAAUCAACGGGAAAUUUAGCUGAGAGAGUGUAAAAAAAAAAAAAA